GCUCAAAAUGCGACACUUCCUUGAAUAACCGGUGCGAAAGCUUCAACAAGAGCAUUAUUGACGCCGGAGACAAGCCUAUCAUCACAUUGCUUGAAGCUAUAAGAGUGCAACUCAUGGAAAGGAUUCAUAAGCAAAGAGAUGGGUUGGCUAACUACAAUGGUGUGAUUUGUCCUAAGAUUCGGGAGAUACUAGAACUUCAAAAAAAAAAUUCAGCAUCAUGGAUUCCUUCAUGGAACGGGGAGGAUGAAUUUGAAUUGAGUGGGCCAUAUGGAGACAAAAGGGUGGUUAAUAUAAGACAGAGAACUUGUAGCUGUAGAAAAUGGGACAUUAGUGGAAUACCUUGUUGUCAUGUUGUGGCGGCUCUUGUAUAUCUGAAGGAACCACCUGAAAAAUGGGUUCACACAUGUUUCAAGAUGGAAACAUUCUUGAAAACUUAUAGCCAUGUUGUACCUGCUAUAGAUUCCAAAGAUACCCGGCUCGCUAGAGAUCAUUUACUCCCACCCGAUGUGCCUAAGCAAGUCGGUAGAAAGAAAAAACAAAGAACAAAGUCAUUGAACGAAAUGGUCGACAACAAUUUAAAGACAAAGAAGAAAAAAAUUGUGCAAGAGCCUGUGGGAACCAAGUUGAAAAGACAAAAUACCACAAUCACUUGUGGAAAAUGUGGUGGGUCGGGCCAUAAUAGGAAUAAUUGCAAGAAUUCAUUGAUAGCAUCAACAGCAGCAGCAAUAACAUCAUCUAUGGGAAGAGAGAAGAUGCAGGUAAAGAGGAGGGUGUAAUGACCUCAACAUGAAAGUAAUUGAAGACAAGCAACUUUUUGAGAUAUGCAAAAGUAAAA